UAAAGAUGAAAACGCGAACGAGGUGAUAAAAAAAAAAGUCCACGCCCCGCCCAUCCUAUCGUUACCUCUCUGUGUUGAAUUUUUUUGUUUUUUAACGACGUGUAAAAAGGGCAUCAUCAUCAUCAUACGUAUGAGUCGUAUAGCAGCAGAUGAACAGAUUUCGGGGCGAAUACUCGCAAUUGGUUUCUGAAAAACGUGAAUCUUCAGUGCCGAUUGGGCUGAACCCAUGUGCAAUGAACCAUGUCAUAAAACGUGUUACGCUUGUGAACAACCGUAUGCGUGGAAAACGACUUUUUGUUGGGCCGAAAAAGAUGUUAAUUGUCUUAACAACGUCCGUUUCUGCUUUAACCACCGGUGUAUCUUCAACAGGGGACACCUACAUUUGCCUACCAAUUGGCACGUCGUGUCCCACAGUUGGUUUUGGCGGACAAACGAGUGUCGAUCCUCGUAUUGUAACUCCCGAUGAUAUGUGCCCCCCAGGUUACUUUCCUUGUUACGGCAUAGAAACACAGUGCGGAAAACGCUUUGUAGACCCGAUAAAUGUCAAUGAUGGUAACGCAGACGUCGGCGCACAUCCAUGGCAGGCGUUUUUACAAAAUGCUACUCAUCCAUUCUCUGGGAGUGGCGCUUUGCUUGAUAAUUUCCACGUUUUGACGGCUGCGCAUAAGGUCAUUGGAAAUAGAGCCACCCCGAACGAGAUAAUGGUACACAUGGGAGUCUCGGACCCUAACAACUUCGAAAACACCCAGAACUCCAGAGUCCAAGAGGUCUUAAUCCAUCCGUCGUACAAUGCGGAAACUUUGCUUAACGAUAUUGCCAUUUUAAGACUGGAGAGUCCAAUAGUGUUUGGGAUUUAUAACACUAUCAAUAAAGUAUGCGUCCCGGUAUUUGGACAACUUUUUAACGGAAGCAGCUGCAUGGUGUCCGGCUGGGGUCAAACGUCCUUUACGAAAGACGACGCACCCACUAAUCCACAAAAACAGGUCACAGUUGAGGUGGUGGAGCCUGAAGUAUGCAGAGAGUCAUUUUCCAGGCCCAGUUUGCUUGGGAGCAAUGUGGAUAUUUUUCUUGAUUUGGUGGGGGAGAUUUGUGCGGGAGGUGAGGUCAUGAAAGACGCUUGUACUCAAGAUGGUGGUUCACCAUUGGUAUGUCCAGACUCAGCAGGUCAAUUGAGCGUGGCAGGGUUGGUGAUAUGGGGUAAAAACUGUGGUCAGCCAGGGGUGUAUGGAGUGUACGUCAAUGUACCAUACUACAGCAACUGGAUAGAUACGACUAUCGAGAGUUUAAAUGCUAAAUAUGGUACAAUGUGGAGUUUUUAGAAAAAUAUAAUUAAAUUUUAAUGAA